AUGAAGCUCCUCUCUGUCUCCGUUGCUUUCGUUGCGCUCGUCGCCACUGCUGUCCAGGCUGCACCUACAGCUGAGGCUGAGGCCGAACCCCAACGAUGGUGCAGGUGGCCCGGACAGGUCUGCCACAAGUCCAAGCGUGUGGUUGCCGCCCUUGACCUUGCCAAACGGAACGCCGAUGCAAUGCCGGAGGCCGAGGCUGAGGCUGAGGCUGAGGCUGAGGCCGAACCCCAACGAUGGUGCAGGUGGCCCGGACAGGUCUGCCAUAAGUCCAAGCGUGUGGUUGCCGCCCUUGACCUUGCCAAGCGGGACGCCGAUGCAAUGCCGGAGGCCGAAGCCAACGCUGAGGCUGAGGCUGUGGCUGAGGCCGAGCCCCAAAGGUGGUGCAGGUGGCCCGGACAGGUCUGCCAUAAGUCCAAGCGUGUGGUUGCCGCCCUUGACCUUGCCAAGCGGAAUGCCGAUGCGAUGCCGGAGGCCGAAGCCGAGGCUGAGGCUGAGGCUGAGGCUGAGGCCGAACCCCAGAGGUGGUGCAGGUGGCCCGGACAGGUCUGCCAUAAGUCAAAGCGUAUAGUUGCCGCCCUUGACCUUGCCAAACGGGACGCCGAGGCCGAGGCCGCACCUCAAAGGUGGUGCAGGUGGCCCGGACAGGUCUGCCAUAAGGCCAAGCGUGCUGCCGAAGCCAUCGACAAUGUUAAGCGCUCUGCUGAGGCCGUCUGCCAUAAGGCCAAGCGUGCUGCCGAAGCCAUCGACAAUGUUAAGCGCUCUGCUGAGGCCGUUGCGGACGCCAUGGCCUUCUUGGCUGAACUUAGCCCAGAGGAGUUCGCCCAACUGGAGCAGGAGUUUGGCAAACAGUAA